GUUCUUUCAUGAACCACUUCCGGCAACAGAGCCGGAAGUUGUGGUCCUGCCGUUUCCACCGGGGGCUGCGGCUGAGAGUGCGGCGAGAGCGCGGCCAUGGGCGGGAAGAACAAGCAGCGGACCAAGGGGAACCUGAGGCCUUCAAACAGUGGCCGAGCUGCAGAACUUCUGGCAAAAGAACAGGGAACUGUGCCUGGAUUUAUUGGUUUUGGAACAUUCCAGAGUGACCUAGGCUAUGUUCCUGCUGUUCAAGGAGCUGAAGAAAUUGAUAGUCUUGUAGAUUCUGAUUUCCGAAUGGUCCUACGGAAACUUUCUAAGAAAGAUGUCACAACAAAAUUAAAAGCUAUGCAAGAAUUUGGAACCAUGUGUAUAGAGAGAGAUGCAGAAACUGUAAAAGGAGUUCUUCCAUACUGGCCAAGAAUUUUUUGCAAAAUUUCUCUUGACCAUGACCGCCGGGUUCGAGAAGCCACACAGCAAGCUUUUGAAAAACUUAUCCUCAAAGUUAAGAAACACUUGGCUCCUUAUUUAAAAAGCGUAAUGGGCUAUUGGCUCCUGGCUCAGUGUGACACCUACCCGCCCGCCGCAUCGGCAGCGAAGGACGCCUUCGCCGCGGCCUUCCCCCCCAGCAAGCAGCCUGAGGCCAUAGCCUUCUGUAAGGACGAGAUUGCAAGUGUACUGCAGGAUCAUCUGAUCAAAGAAACACCCGACUCCCUCAGUGACCCGCAAACUGUUCCAGAGGAAGAGAGAGAGGCUAAAUUCCACCGGGUCGUGACGUGCUCCUUGUUGGCCUUGAAGAAACUGCUCUGCCUCAUACCAGAGCACGAGCUCGGGUCUCUGGAGGAGAGGUUUAAGUCUCUCCUGUCCCAGAACAAGUUCUGGAAGUAUGGGAAACACAGUGUGCCUCAGAUCCGCGCUGCCUAUUUCGAGUUAGUUUCCACUUUGUGCCAGCGCAUUCCACACUUGAUGAGGGACGAAGCAUCGCGAGUCAGCUCCUCUGUCCUACUCAGCAUUGAUGACAGUGACCCCAUUGUGUGCCCCGCCGUCUGGGAGGCUGUGCUAUACACCCUGAUGACUGUCGAGGACUGUUGGCUUCAUGUAAAUGCCAGAAAAAGCGUGUUUCCCAAGCUGUCAGCCGUGAUGCGUGACGGUGGCCGGGGCCUGGCCCCGGUCAUACACCCCAACCUGCUGCCGUUCGUUAGCAAGCUCCCACAGUCUGUCACGGACCCCAAACUGGACUUCUUCAAAGACUUCCUCACCUCUCUGGUGGCAGGGCUGUCAACAGAGAGGAUCAAAACCAGCCUCUGUGAGUGCUCGGCAGUGGUAGCUGCGUUCUUCGAUUGCUUGCGUUUCAUCAUGCAGCAGAACCUCGGGGAGAGAGAGAUUGAAGAGAUGCUCAUCAGCGACCAGUUGAUUCCUGUGAUUGAUGCAGUUCUCAAAGACCAAAGAUUGCAGGAUGGGCAACCAUUUGACUAUUUGGCAGAAACUUUAAGUUCUUGGGAAGCCAAAGCAGAUAUGGAAAAAGAUGAUGAAACUGCUCACAGCUUGGAGAAAGUGCUACUGAAUUUCUGGGAAAGACUAUCAGACAUCUGUUUUGAGAAAAUGAAUGAGCCAGAAGCUGAUGUUAAGUCUGUUUUGGGUAUAUCUAACCUAUUACAGGUCCUUCAAAAGCCAAAGAGCUCAUUGAGGUCAAAUAAGAAAAAAGUUGGCAAGGUCAGGUUUGCUGAUGAGAUGCCUGAAAGUCAUACAGAGAAUGAAAAAUAUGUCCCCUCAGAAGGUAAGAACAAUGAGGGCUGGGAAUUAAUGGCUGAACCUCUUCUCUCCCGUAACUGUUCAGACCUUAUAUCUCCACUGCGGAGGAGACCUUUGGAAGACUUAGUCUGCAGACUGGCAGGGAUGAGUAUUAAUUUUGUCAACGAACAAAGAUCAGAGCAACAUCUGAGGUUUCUUUCCACUCUGCUCAAUUCCUUCUCUUCAACCCAAGUAUUUAAGAUGCUGCUAGGUGACGAAGGGCAGAGCAUUGUCAAAUCCAAACCUCCUGAAAUAGCCGAACUUAUACAGAGAAACCCUGCAGUGCAGUUUUUAUACCGGAAAGUAGUCGGUUGGCUAAAUGAAGACCAAAGGAAGGACACUGGUUUCCUGGUGGACAUUUUGUACAGUGCCCUCCGUUGCUGUGACGACGAUAAGGAAAGGAAAGAUGUCUUAGACGAUCUGACGGAGGUGGAUCUGAAGUGGAAUUCAGUUCUUCAGGUCAUUGAGAAGGCAUGUUCUAGUUCUGAGAAACAUGCUUUAGUCGUCUCUUGGCUGAGAGGAGACCUCUUCGGAGAGAAGCUGGUAACCUUGGCAGGUCAUCUUUGCAAUAAAGACUUGGAAUCCACAGUAGCUUCCGAACCUUAUUUCUCAGAAAGAUGGGCACUUUUAAGCUUGGUAUUAUCCCAACAUGUUGAAAGUGAUUACUUGAUUGGAGAAGUAUAUGUUGAAAGAAUUAUUAUUAAACUUCAUGAAACUUUAUCCAAAGCAAGGAAAUUGUCAGAAGCCCAAAAUAAUGGCUCUUCGGUGUCUUUUGUCUGUGACGUGGCCUAUGACUAUUUCAGCUCAGCGAGAGGAGGCUUGCUCGUGCCGUCCUCAGAGGAUUUAUUAUUAACUCUCUUUCAGCUGUGUGCUCAGAGCAAAGGAGAAACACAUUUGGCAGACGUUCUUGUCCGUAAACUGGAAAGCACUUGGCUCUCUGGCAUGAACGUGCUGGUCCAUCAGACGGGCUGUGCAGGCCCGCGGGGUGCCUUCCUGUGCUCGUCUGCUCUGUGGCUGAAGGACCAGGUCCAGUCUGCACCUUUGGACAUCCGAAGUCUUCAAGGCCUCUUGUCUACUGUGGAUGAUUUGCUUAAUAAGCUUCUGGAGAGUGAAGACACCUCCCUCCUGGGAGUUUACAUUGCAGGCGUAAUGCCAAACAGCAGAGAGUGGGAAACGAUGAGGCAGUCCCUCCCUAUGCAGUGGCUACACAGACCUCUGUUAGAAGGAAGACUGAGUUUGAAUUACGAGUGUUUCAAAACGGAUUUUAAAGAACACGACACAAAGACACUUCCUAGCCAUUUGUGUACUUCAGCAUUGCUGAGCAAAAUGAUAGUAGUUGCACUGAAGAAGGAAAUAGUCCUAGAAAAUAAUGAACUUGAGAAAAUAACCGCGGAGCUGCUGUACUCCCUGCAGUGGUGCGCAGAGCUGGACAGCCCGCCCCCUUUCGUAGCCGGGUUUCUGGAAGUGCUGCAAAAAGCGCACGUUACCUACGAGAACUUGUGCGGACUUGGUGAUACCUCCACCCUUUUGCACCUGCUGUUUAACAGAUCCAUGGAACACGGCACUCUGUGGUCUCUUAUUAUUGCUAAAUUGAUCCUUUCCCGAAGUGUUUCAUCUGAUGAAGUAAAACGGCAUUAUAAGAGAAAAGAAAGCUUUUUCCCACUGACAGAGGGUAAUAUGCACACCAUUCAAAGUCUCUGUCCAUUUCUGUCAAAAGAAGACAAGAAAGAAUUCAUUGCUCAGUGUAUACCUGCCCUUUUGGCCUGGACCAAGGAAGAUCUUUGCAGUACAAACGGAGGUUUUGGACAUCUUGCCAUUUUAAAUUCUUGUCUGCAAACCAGAAGCAUAGAUGAUGCGGAGCUGUUGCACGGUGUCCUGAAAAUCCUGAUGUGCUGGAAGGUAGACCACGAAGACAUUUUUCUUUUCAGUUGUAAUCUAUCCGAAGUGAGUCCAGAGGUCCUGGGAAUGAACAUAGAGGUGAUGCGGUUCCUCUCCCUGUCCCUCAAGUGCUGCUCCCUUCUGCUGGCCGAGAGUGAGUGGGACUUCGUCAUGUGCUGCAUGCUGGCCUGGCUGGAGACCAUGAGCGAGAACCACACGCUGUGCCACGUGCCCCUGGUGCAGUUGUUUGCCUGUGUCAGCUGCGGUCUGGCCUGUGAGCUGAGUGCCUUUUUCGAUUCCACAACUCCAGACACCGUGGGCCGCCUCCCUGCAAAUCUGAUCAGUGAAUGGAAAGAAUUUUUUUCCCAAGGCAUCCACAGUUUGCUCUUACCUCUUUUGGUUACUGUUACAGAACAGAGCAAAGAUACAUCUGAAACAUCCUUUCAGAAUGCAAUGCUAAAACCCAUGUGUGAAACGUUAACACACAUCACAAAGGACCACCUGUUGAGUCACAAGCUCCCUGCAAGGUCACUUGCUGGGCAGAAAACAAACUUGCCGGAGCACCUCCAGACUCUGCUAAACACACUGGCCCCGUUACUCCUCUUCAGAGCUCGGCCCGUGCAGAUUGCUGCCUAUCACAUGCUGUACAAGUUGAUGCCAGAAUUACCACAAUAUGAUCAGGAUAAUCUAAAGUCAGACGGAGAUGAAGAGGAAGAACCAGCCCUGUCCCCGCCAGGGGUGCUGAUGUCCCUGCUCAGCACUCAGGAGGACCUACUGGACAGCGUCCUGGGGUCUGUUCCUGUGGGACAGAUCGUCACGAUCAAGCCACUGAGUGAAGACUUCUGCCAUGUCCUGGGCUACCUCCUCACCUGGAAGUUAGUACUGACUUUCUUCAAAGCGUCUUCCUCUCAGCUUCGGGCUCUGUAUUCAAUGUACCUCCGGAAAACAAAGAGUUUAAAUAAACUGCUCUAUCACCUGUUCAGGCUCAUGCCAGAAAAUCCGACCUGUGCAGAGGUGGCUUCUGAGUUCUCUAACAAGGAACCUAAGACUUUCUUCACGGAAGAGCUGCAGUUGAGCAUCAGAGAAAUGACGACUCUCCCGUACCACAUUCCGCACUUGGCGUGCUCGGUCUACCACAUGACCCUGAAGGACUUGCCCGCCAUGGUCCGGCUGUGGUGGAACAGCAGUGAGAAGCGGGUUUUCAACAUUGUGGACAGGUUCACGAGCAAGUACGUCAGCAGUGUGCUCUCUCUCCAGGAAAUUUCUUCUGUGCAGACCAGCACACAGCUGUUUAAUGGCAUGACGGUCAAAGCUCGAGCUGCUACUCGAGAGGUCAUGGCCACUUACACCAUCGAGGACAUAGUCAUUGAGCUGAUAAUACAGCUGCCUGCCAACUACCCACUGGGCUCCAUUGCUGUGGGGAGUGGGCGGCGCGUGGGCGUGGCAGUGCAGCAGUGGCGCAACUGGAUGCUGCAGCUGAGCACCUACCUCACCCACCAGAAUGGAAGUAUAAUGGAGGGCUUAGCAUUGUGGAAAAAUAAUGUGGACAAGCGCUUUGAGGGUGUUGAAGACUGUAUGAUCUGCUUUUCAGUCAUUCAUGGUUUCAACUAUUCUCUUCCCAAAAAGGCCUGUAGAACAUGCAAGAAAAAAUUCCACUCAGCCUGUCUGUAUAAAUGGUUUACCUCUAGCAACAAAUCCACGUGUCCACUCUGCCGCGAGACCUUCCUCUGAGGCGUCUCUCCCGGAAGUGGCCCCUGAGCGGGGGCGCUGCCCACGGAGGCUGCGGCUGGAACCGGAAGCCGCGCGGUAGGUGCGAGGCCGGAACCGCCCGCUCACCUGUAGGUGGCGUUGUAAGUGUUUAGAGUCCUUUUCUUGUCCAUGCGACUAGUACAUAUUUCAGAGAAAAUAUUUAUACUAAUAGUUUAAUCUCUUUGUAUAUUUAAAAAUAAACAUGGAGAACCCUAAAUUCCAGAUCUGUAAUUUGUGAGAGCGUUGCAUUGAUCCGUGUUCCAGAACAGUCCAGUGAGGCUGGUGAGUGGAGAGGGUCGUUUAUACCAACCAGUGUUUUAAGAUUUAUUACUUAUAACAACAAAAUUAGAAUUCUGAUGUUUGUAGAUUAUUUUAAUGACAAGAACGACACGAAGCUGUCACUACAGUUUAUCCGAAGGCAUUGAAAGCCUGCCCCGAAAUCUCAGCUGUGCGGGGUGCCUGUUUAUCGCGGGCGGCGCCGGUGCCCGGUGCCCCCAGCCCAGCCGACGACUGUCCUUCCGUGUGGGUCCCGCGCCCCCACCGGAGUCCGGAGAGAGAGGCUUUGCCGGAACCGGCGUUGGGUUAUUGUGUCGCGGAGGGUGGCCGCCCUCUGGACGCGGUGGGGGGGUGAGUGUUUACGGAACUUAAGACGGGUGGAAAAAACACAAAAAAAUGUUUAAAUGCUAUAGACCACUUUCAAUUUCGUAAGCGAAUUUCGCUCUUUACCGGCCAAAGUUACAUUAAAUUAGAUUUGAGGGACCUGAUUUUUCCAGUGCCGUUAAGAAUUUUAGCGCCAAGUGCAAUGUAAAAUGGAGUGUGAUAGGCCGAAGUGCCGCAGGAGGAGCCUGCCUUCUGCCUGUCACCGCAGAAACUGCCCAGGAUGCGCAGUGUGGGAGCUCGGGACCCGGAGGAGCCCUCGUGCAGCGGCCUGUGGAGAGGGCGACACCAGCAGGCAGUGGGAAGGGGCGGCCCCGCACCUCCGUCGCAGGCGUGUCAUUGGCCAAAAGCCACUCCUGUCGGACGAAAUACCUGGCUGCCAUCGCCUGGUUGUUAUUGACAGUGUAGGUGUGUCAGAAGGGUCCUGGGGGGGGCCGCGGGUGCGGGGUCCUGCCCUGGCCCGAUCCUGCGCUUUGUCUGCAGUUGUCACCCUGGCAGCCUCGAGGCUCAGAGAGCAGUAGGUGGCGCACAGACCGCAGAAUUCUUCUACCUCUUCUUAACCCCUUUCUUAAAACACUCCCCGUGUCUCUCUCUCUGACACAGGGACGAACCCAAAGGACUGUGAUGGUACUCUGAAAGUUACACACUUUUUCUGUAAUAAUUGUUCUGUAUUAGGAGCCUGCCUUUAACUUUUGCAGUAUUGCUACUUCCUGGUUCCCGACCCAAACCGCAAGUAGAAAAGAGAAGGGAAUGGUGGAACCUCAAAACGUUUUCCCCGGUGAGGUUCAGGUACCCGUGUCCUGUGAAGAAACCUGUACUGGGUCGGGCACCCACUCCUUGCACUUAGGCCUCUAGACGCACACACUGGGGGUUUUACACAUACCUGUGAAGCAUGUUGCUAUGUGUACGCUCAAAAGAAAACUUUCCAAAACAAGACUGAGAUUCAGAAUACCACAAUAAAGUUUUAUUUAUGUACCUUCAGUGGCUCUAGAGAGCAUCUCUUAAAAUUGUAGCACACGGACAUUUUAAAAUCGCAUGAGAUUCAAAGCCCAUUAGCAGAAUUAUUAAUUUAAAACCCCAAUGUAAACUGCAAAUUUCAGAUUUUAUUUUUAACUCUUAUUUAUCACAUGCUCUAAUGUAUGUAUUUGAGUUUCUGUGGCUUGAAUAAUUAAUGUUAUUACUAAAUAAGUUUUUGCUGUGAAUAAUUAAUGUUAUCUGAUUGUUUAUCAUGUGCUCAUUAAAUUUUUUAAUUACAAAAUGUCAGAUGUACAGA